ACCUGGGUUGAGAAGAGGGCAGCAGAGCGUGCGGGCAUCCGCGAGGGUCACGGGGGCCCCACUGCUGUAGCCACGCCCCUCAGAGACCCCGCCUCCAUGCCCCGCCCGUCCCACCCCCCUCCCUGCCGCGGUGGGAGACCCGGGGGCCUCCACAGCCACGAGUCCCGCCAUGAAUGUUUUCUCGCUCCUACCUCUGCUGCUCCUGCUGGGGCGCCGGCUCCAGGCUGCGGGUGUCACGGAGUCAACGCUGCCCACUGUGGUCCUUGCUAUCCUGGCCCGCAAUGCCGAACACUCUCUGCCCCACUACCUGGGCGCACUGGAGCGUCUGGAUUACCCCCGGGCCAGGCUGGCCCUCUGGUGUGCCACCGAUCACAACGUGGACAACACCACAGAGAUGUUGCGGGAGUGGCUGGCUGCCGUGGGCCGUGACUACGCAGCCGUGGUCUGGAAGCCUGAGAAGGAGGCCAGGCCCUACCCAGAUGAACAGAGCCCCAAACACUGGACCAAAGAAAGGCAUCAGUUUUUAAUGGAGCUGAAGCAGGAGGCUCUGACCUUUGCCAGGACCUGGGGAGCUGACUACAUCCUGUUUGCAGACACAGACAACAUUCUCACCAACAACCAGACGCUGCGGCUUCUCACAGAGCGGCAGCUGCCGGUGGUGGCCCCCAUGCUGGACUCCCAGACCUAUUACUCCAACUUCUGGUGCGGGAUCACUCCCCAGGGCUACUAUCGCCGCACAGCUGAAUACUUCCCUACCAAGAACCGCCAGCGCCAGGGCUGCUUCCGGGUCCCAAUGGUCCACUCCACCUUCCUGGUGUCCUUGAAGACUGAAGAGACAGCCCAGCUCGCCUUCUACCCACCCCAUCCCAACUAUACGUGGCCUUUUGAUGACAUCAUUGUCUUCGCCUACGCCUGCCAGGCUGCUGGGGUCUCGGUGCAUGUGUGCAAUGACCAUCGCUACGGGUACAUGAAUGUGGUGGUGAAGCCCCACCAGGGACUGGAGGAGGAGAAGACCAACUUCAUCCACCUGAUUCUGGAAGCACUAGUGGAUGGGCCCCCCAUGCUGGCUUCAGAUCAUGUGUCUCGGCCCCAAAAGAAGCCCAACAAGAUGGGAUUUGAUGAAGUCUUUGUCAUCAGCCUGGCCCGCAGACCCCAGCGCCGGGCUCGGAUGCUGAGCUCUCUCUGGGAGAUGGAGAUCUCUGCUCAGGUGGUAGAUGCUGUGGAUGGCAGGACUCUCAACAGCAGUAUCCUUAAGCACCUUGGUGUAGACCUGCUCCCUGGCUACCAGGACCCCUACUCGGGCCGCACACUGACCAAGGGUGAGGUGGGCUGCUUCCUCAGCCACUACUCCAUCUGGGAAGAGGUGGUUGUCAGGGGCCUGGCCAGGGUCGUGGUGUUUGAGGAUGACGUUCGCUUUGAGGACAACUUCCGGAGGCGGCUGGAACGACUAAUGGAGGAUGUGGGGACUCAGAAGCUCUCAUGGGACCUGAUCUACCUUGGACGGAAGCAGGUGAACCCCGAGGAGGAGGUGGCCGUGGAGGGUCUGCCUGGUCUGGUGGUGGCUGGGUACUCCUACUGGACACUGGCAUACACCUUGAGCCUGGCAGGUGCUCGCAAACUGUUAGCCUCCCAGCCUCUGCAACGAAUGCUGCCUGUGGAUGAAUUCCUGCCCAUCAUGUUUGACCAGCACCCAAAUGACCAGUACAAGGCACACUUCUGGCCUCGGGACCUCCAAGCCUUCUCAGCCCGGCCUCUCCUUGCCUCCCCCACCCACUAUGCAGGAGAUGCUGAAUGGCUCAGUGACACAGAGACAUCCUCCCCCUGGGAUGAUGACAGUGGCCGCCUCAUUAGCUGGACCGGCUCUCAGAAGACCCUUCGAGGCCCCCACCCGCACCUGGCUGGCAGUAGUGCAUAUAGCCUCCAUCCUCAUCCCAGGGAUGAGCUCUAGCCCUAGCCCACAAGGUCUGAGUGGGAACUCCAGAGGAGCAGCGAGAACAGAGAGGGGGAGUCGACAGGAGCCGCAGAGCCAGCAGAAGCCUGACUGCUGCCUUGGGCUCAGCCAUUCUCCCACCCUAUAGACCCAUCCCAGGUUGGGAGAGCCACUCAGAGACAGGAUCCCUUCCCUGAAAGUCACAAGGUGAAAAGACGAGAUUCGGAGACUCUUGAUUCUGCCUGCAGCUGUCGAGUCCAGUAGGCUCAGGAACAAGGGAGGCCUCAGCUUUUGGAUUUUAAGCUGGCCAGACCAGACCCCAGACUCCUGCCCUCUCUGAGGACUCAGCUGCUGGGGCUACGUUGCCUCCAUCUACCUCCACCUCAGUGCCUCCCUGGCCGCACAUCUGGGACUCACUAUCACCCUCUUCCCUGGCUGGCAGAAAAGUGCAGGAAGGUGGGAGGCGCAUCUGGUGCGCGGCACACAGUAGGCUUUCAAUAAAAGUCCUCUGCAUUAGCACUUUAUACUUCA